CUUGCAUGAAAGCUAGAGCUCAUUGGUGACUGGCCUGUAGUUUCAUCUCACUUGUAUGCAUUUAUCGCCGAUCUCUCUCUCUUUCUUCCCCUUUCCCUCACUUUCUUUCUGUUUUCUGCUUGAAAUUGUUCCGACAUGGCUCCUAACAAAUGGGGUUUCUCUCUGCUUCCGUUUCUCUAGAACUCGCAGCUGCUUCUUAUCUGCUACGUACUGUUUCUGUUAAUUUUCACAGACUGCAGGAUUUAAUUUGAACUUUAUCGCCUAAAGAAUCCAUUGUUCAAAUCAGCUUGGAGGAUUUUAAUGGCUGUGAAAACUCUGUACUUCAAAGAACAUGAAGAAAUCGUCCAUAACCCAAUUGGGCAGCUGUUGUCUGUGCCAUCAAUGCCCUGGUGGAAUGCUUUUGGAUCUCAAUCUUCUUAUGGUGAAUCCUGUGCUCUAUUCAAGCCUUCUUCAAUGGAACAGCCACCAACCGGUGAAGACCAGCUCUCUUCCAUGAAGCAAGCCAGGCGAGCUAUUGAGCAAGGGAUAGAUAAAGGGAAUAUCACUCAAUUCACUAUCUUUCCUGGUGACUGCAAAAGUUUAGGUGAUGGACAAAAAACUCCUCAGACAGCCAUCUCUCUGCAAACAUCUUUGCCUGAAUAUCAUGCUCAUAUUGAUCAGGGAUUUGGUCAGCCUAUGAUCUAUGCAAAAUAUCCUGGUGUGGAUGGAAGUUAUGGAGUAUUCUCAACUUAUGGACCUCAAGUAUUGGGGCGAAUAAUGCUGCCAAUGAACAUGACAACAGAUGAUGGACCCAUAUUUGUUAAUCCUAAGCAGUACCAUGGAAUCAUCAGGCGUCGAAAAACCCGUGCAAAGGCUGUACUGCUGGAGAAUAAGUCAACAAGAAAUCGUAAGUCUUACAUGCACCUUUCACGCCAUCUUCAUGCAAUGCGACGCCCAAGGGGAACUGGUGGCCGUUUCUUGAACACAAAGACUUCAGACAAUGGAAUAGGUAAAACUGAGGCAACGAAAGCUGGUGAUGCUAAAAUAUCAAAGUCAACUGGUUCCCAGAGUUCUGAAGUUGUGCAGCUUGACAGUGGAACAUUGAACUCAUCAACCGAAGCAAAUGGUGGUGGAUCAAGUCUUUCAGGAUCUGAAGUGACGAGUAUGUAUACUAGGAGAGAUCUUGAUUACUUCUCAAUCAACUUUUUGGCAUCACAAGUGCCAUCUUUUUCACUCAUGAUGGACAGUGGACAUAACAAUGUUAUGCCCACUAAGUGGGUUGCAGCAGCAGAUGACUGUUGCAACCUGAAAGUCUAACAACAAGUGUGUGGAUUUGGGGCUUAGUUCUUGAACUAAGCGUCAAAUCCCAUCGUCGAUGCAACCAGAUGAAGAAGGUCUGUUGCAUUUUAGUUUGUUGCACGCCUUUAUGGAGAUUGACUCUGCCAUUUGGUUGCUGGGCAAAUCAUUCUUGGCUCCUGCAUUAUGGUCAUCUUUGUCAUUCCAAGCAAUCCUGAAUUCAUUGGGUGAUCAGAGAUGAAAACCUUAAUGCAUUGUUAAAAAAAAAAAAAAAUUAAA